CGGACUGCUGACGAGCAUGCAACUCAUCUGCUCCCUUACAUCAAGCCAGAUAGUCGGAUCAUUGAUGUCGGAUGCGGAACUGGAUCCAUAACUCUCGACCUGGCUCGAAAAGUCCCCAAAGGAUUCGUCCUAGGCAUUGAAUACAACGAAAACUCAAUCCAAAUCGCAAAAUCCGAAGCAAAACGCCAAAACAUAACCAACGUGGACUUCCUCCGCGGCGACGCCAACGAUCUCUCACACCUGGAACCCUCAUCCUUCGACAUCUCCUACUCCCACCAAGUCCUAAUCCACCUCCCCAACCCUCCGUCCGUCCUGAAAGGCAUCUCCCGUCUCAUAAAACCCGGCGGUCUGAUCUCAACCCGCGACAACCAUUCAUUCUUCACCCACCCUACCAGCCCCGCCAACGAACGCGACUGGGAACUCUACCGCAUCUGGUCUCGCAAGAGAGGCGCCCAUCCUGACGCAGGCUUCAAAAAUCAUCUCUGGAUGCACGAAGCUGGGUUUGCGUGGGAGAGGAUCAAGUAUGGGAGUGCGGCGUGGGAAGCUCCGUAUAGUGCGAAACGGGAUUUUGCGGGGAGUCAGAAGAAUGGGUUUUUGACUGUUUAUGGCGUUGAGCCGGAGGAGGGAGAUCGGGGGUUUUUGAGGGAGUUGGGGGAGUUUUGGGAGAUGUGGGAGAAGGAUCCGGGGGCGAGGUUUGUUGGGGUUGAUGGGUGGGUCAUUGGGUUUAAGGAAUGA